GCUCACAGACAAAUCUGCACCAGGUUUGAAAAAUCACUCGGACCUGCUUAAGUAAAACCUUAACAAGCACAACUGCUUUCUGAAUCAAAGUCUGUAGGUUUGCAGUGAACAGGCUGAUGAGGGACUCAGGCAAAGAUGGCUUGUAGAGGACUGGGUACCUUGGGUAUUACCUUAGUUUCAGAGAUGAGGAGAAAGCAGUGAGGAUCAGCACCAGCCCUUCGGACCACAGACAACUCCGCAGAGAAUGUCCUAUCAAGAUGAAUAUGGCUCAUUCAACAAUUAACUCUCUACUCAUCUUCUACCUCAGUUUUUUGCUGCUCAUCCAUUUAAAAAAGUCACUUUGUAUGAAGAAUGAUUCCAGAUGCCUGUCAAACUCUUGCCAAAAGAAUUCUACAUGCAUUGCUGGUCAUAAAGACGAUACUUGCCUUUGUGCAGAUGCAUCAGUGGACAGUAUGGAGGAAGUCUGCAAUAAAACCUCUGAUCCUUGCUCUUCAAACCCUUGUCUUCAAAACGCUACCUGUUUAAGCUCUGCUGGAAACCUCAGCUUUACUUGUGAGUGCCCUGCUGGUUAUAAUGGAUCUACCUGUGAAAUAGCUGUCACUGUGUGUGACAUAAACCCCUGUGAACAUGGAGGCACCUGCCAAAAUGGCCUGGCUGGGCCCACCUGCCUUUGUAGCGCAGGAUACACAGGUACACUCUGUGAAAUGGAUUUUGAUGAAUGCAUUUCUGAACCAUGCCACAAUGGAGCAGUGUGCAAGGAUGGGGUUGAUGAAUACUCUUGCUACUGUGUCCCAGGCUACCAAGGCAAGCAUUGUGACCUGGAAGUGAAUGAAUGUGUGUCAGAUCCAUGCUUGAAUGGGGCAACAUGUCUCAACCAGAUAGGACAAUAUGACUGCAUCUGUCCAGUUGGGUACACAGGUACAAACUGUGAGCUGGAAAUAGACGAGUGCUGGUCACAGCCGUGCCUGAAUGGGGCGACCUGCCGCGACUCCCUGGGGAGCUUCGCCUGCUCCUGCGCACCCGGCUUCCUUGGCCACCUCUGCCAAACCAACAUUGAUGAGUGUGCCAGCCAGCCGUGCCUCAACAGGGGACAGUGCACAGAUGGUGACAACGGGUACAGAUGCAACUGUACUGGUACUGGAUUUAUGGGCCUACACUGUGAGACCCUAGCUCCCUUAUGUUGGUCACAACCAUGCUACAAUAAUGGCACUUGUGAGGACAACGAUGACAAUUACAUAUGCCACUGUUGGCCAGGCUACGCGGGCUCCCGCUGCGAGGAGGACAUCGGGGAGUGCAGCAGCAGCCCCUGCCGCUCCGGGGGGGUCUGCGUGGAGCGCUCCUGGGCCGGCCGCUACGGGAGCGUCCCCGGCCUGCCGCCCGCCUUCCGCUACGACACAGCGGAGGGCUAUAUCUGCAGCUGUCAGCCAGGCUUUGCCGGUACUCACUGUGAUGAAGACAUCAAUGAAUGUUACACGAACCCUUGCCAAAAUGGUGGAAUCUGUGAGAAUUUUCCUGGGAAUUACACUUGCCAUUGCCCACCUGCAGACAAAGAAGGGAUUUAUUACGGUGGCUGGAAUUGUACAGAAGUUCUCCAUGGCUGUACUGAUCAACAAUGCCAAAACAAUGGAAUAUGUAUCCCACAUUUAAAAAAUGGCCAACAUGGAUUCAGAUGCAUAUGUUCACCUGGGUAUACUGGAACACACUGUGAAACCAUAACCACGUUUUCUUUUCAAGGAAACAGUUUCCUUCUGUUGAAGAAUCACCCGUCACCUAAAAAGGAAUUUUUCUAUAAUAUAAUUCUGAAGUUUCAAACUGUGCAACCUACAGCUUUGCUGUUUUACCGAGGGGAAAAAAAUACAUUUGCGAAACUGGAGUUACUGAAUGGCUACUUACACUUAUCCGUGCAAGUUAAUAACCAGCCACAGGCUCUUUUGCAUAUUUCACAUAAUGUCAGUGAUGGAGAAUGGCAUUCAGUGGAGGUAACCUUGGCAAGAGCUGUUACUCUUAAUUUGCUUGACAGCUCUUGUGUAGAAUCGUGUCUCAAUAAAACAUCUGUUAUGAUAGAUCACGAUCACGUGAUGCUUGCAUUUCAGAGCACAUUUUUGGGUGGCUUACCAGUGGGGAACAUUAGCAGCAACUCUCUACUUAACGUCUAUAAUAUACAUUCUGCACCUUCAUUUGUAGGCUGCCUUCAGGACAUUGAAAUAGACUUGAAUGUUAUUACUCCAGAGAAUGUGUCACCUGAAUCAUCUUUAAAUGUCAGGACAGGCUGUACUAAAGAGGACUGGUGUGAAACCCACCCUUGUCAGAACAGGGGACGCUGUACCAACCUGUGGCUGAGCUACCACUGUGAUUGCUACCGGCCGUACACAGGGCCAAGCUGCACAACAGAGUACAUUCCAGGCCGGUUUGGAUCUGAGGACUCCUCAGGCUACGCUGCUUUUUCUGUUGAUGCCACUCAGAAUGAAAAUUUGAACAUAUCAAUGUUUGUCCGAACACGCAAAUCUUCUGGUUUGUUACUGGCUUUGAGAAACAGUACUUACCUCUAUGUAAGAGUCUACUUGGAAGGUGGGAAACUCAAAAUGUUAGUUUUAAAUUCCAUUAAGUUAUUAGGGAAACACUCCAUGAACGAUGGAAACUUUCAUUUAGUAACAUUAAAAAUAGAACCAAAUAAGAUGGAAUUGUUCCAGUCUUCUCAAUACCUAGGCUUUGUUUCUACUCCAGUACUACCCAUCCAAAGUAGGGAUAUUCUUUACAUUGGAGGCCUACCAGAUAACAAAGAAACUGAUAGAAAUGGCAGGUAUUUCAAAGGCUGCAUCCAAGAUGUAAGAGUGAAUAACCAGCCACUGGAAUUCUUCCCCAUCACCGAUCCACUGAAUUCACUUAUCAACCGAACCCUGAUCAAUGUCACCCAAGGCUGCACUGGUGACAACCUCUGCAAGUCCAACCCUUGCCACAACGGUGGUGUGUGCUAUUCAAUCUGGGAUGACUUCACUUGCACGUGCCCCCCUAACACAGCAGGGAAGGCGUGUGAGGAAGUUAAGUGGUGUGAGCUUGGGCCCUGUCCUCAUAAAGCACAAUGCCAGCUGGUGCGCCAAGGAUUUGAAUGUCUUGCUAACGCAGUGUUUAGUGGACGAAGCAGUGCGAUAUUUUACAGAAGCAAUGGAAAAAUCAGCAGAGAUCUCACCAAUAUCAUAUUUGGCUUUCGAACUAGGGACACUGAUGUGAUACUGCUGUACGCUGAGAAGGAGCCAGAGUUUGUUACCAUCAGUAUUCACAACUCCAAAUUACUCUUUCAGUUACAAAGUGGCAACAGCUUUUAUAAGCUGACUCUUGCUAGUUCACUGCCUGUGAGCGAUGGAAAAUGGCAUCAAGUGAUGGUCUCCAUGGUAGAGCCCCUGUCCACGUUCUCUAGAUGGCACAUUGAUAUAGAUAACAAGAAAGACAUUGCAACUAGCACAACUGCUGCAGGAAGCCUCAACUUUUUAAGAGAAGAGACAGACAUCUAUGUGGCUGACAAGGCUUUUGACAGUCUGGAUGGCCUGCGAGGAUGUAUGAGCACAAUAGAAAUCAGUGGCAUUUAUCUCUCAUACUUUGAAAAUGCUGACAUUCCUACUAAAAAACCUCAAGAGGAGCAAUUUCUCAAAAUAUCUGCAAACCCUGCUCAUACUGGCUGUUUGCAGGUAGAUGUCUGCAGCUCAGAUCCCUGUUUGCAUGAGGGGAUAUGUGAAGACUUCUAUACUUCCUACCAUUGCAUAUGUCCCAAAGGAUGGACUGGCACCCAUUGCGAAGUCAACAUUGAUGAAUGCUCUUCAAACCCCUGCAUUCAUGGAAACUGCACUGACGGGAUUACCUCUUAUGAGUGCAGUUGUGAACCUGGUUAUACAGGGGUAAAUUGUGAAGAGGACAUAGACAACUGCCAUGGCCACCAGUGUGCAAAUGGGGCCACUUGCAUUGAUGGUAUUAAUGGAUAUUCUUGCCUGUGUGCUGGUAACUUCACAGGAAAAUUUUGCAGGUACAGAAGAUUACCAUAUACAUUUUGUGGGAAUGAAGAGAGAAACCUCACAUGUUUCAACUAUGGCAACUGUACCAAUCUCAACGGCGAGUUGACAUGUGUUUGCCUGCCGGGCUUUGCUGGAGAACGGUGUGAAAAGGACAUCGACGAGUGCAGCUCUGACCCGUGUCUGAAUGGGGGCCUCUGCCAGAACCUACUCAACAAGUUCCACUGCCUCUGCGACAUGAACUAUGCUGGAGACCGCUGUGAAAUAGAUAUAUCAGGAAAACAACUCAGAGGCUGAUGGCAGAAACAACAACAGCAAUGCUGAAAAAUUCAAGACUGUCUACAACUCUAUAUGUGCUAUAGAUAAAUUUUCAGAGGACUACAGAGAUGAAUGAGGGACAACAGAAUAGCCUCCUCCCAGUGGACAUGGUGUCAGCUAGAGAAGUUCCCAAGAUGUGGAGAGAAAAGUAGUCAUGCUUACCUGGUAUACAGGCGGCAAAGCUACCUGUGACCGGCACCAGAGCCAGUAUGUGGCAACCACAGGCUGCCCUGAACUGGAGCUACAGGCUGCGGGGGAAGGCCAUCACAUCUUCAGGCUCUGGAGAUCUUAACCAGGUAUUGAAGGCUCCAAGUCUGAAUCUGGUCCUCCGACAAACGGGUCUUACUCAUUAAGGAAGAAAAACAAGAGAGAAACCCUGCAGCAGUCUUUCUAGGCCUGUUUUUUUCUCUUGCUUUCUGCUUCUCAGUUUCAGAGAAUUCAAAUACUUUUUCAUCAAGUUUAAAGUACUGCAAAUAUAGUGCCUUUCUGGAAUGACUUCCUUCACAGACAGAGACCAGAAGAAUGGCUAUGCAAUGUGACUCCCAUAGAAAAUGCACUUUUGAAGCCCACAAGAUAAACUGAAGAUUUGUAAGGUGUGCAGAAGGAAAAGGAAUUGGUGACCUCACUGGUGCUAAACAGUGGAAAAUCAGCUAAGGUGCACUGCAGACACUAAGGGCUGCCUCCUUUGUUGCCACAGGUACCAAAGUAGAAAAGAAUAAAUUAUUCAAGCACCUGAAUUAUAACUGUGUAUAGGCACACUCAACAUAGAGGGGUACCCACAUGGACAACAGCAUGAAGUAGGAAACAAGGAUAAAAGCAUAAAGAGGAUAAAGCAGUUGAAGAAAAUAGGUGAUGCAUAUAGAAUCUUAAAAAUAGUUUCCCAUUUCCGGUGGCCUGUGCAGUGUUUGGCUCAGCUGGACAUGAGUCUGCUCUCUUUAAAUGAGUCCGAAAUGGACUAUCAGUUCAACUCAGCAGCCUAACAUCUAGGCCAAUGCAACUCUUGGGAGCUGGUGGCUGGUGUUUAGCACAAGCAGAGCAGCUAUGUUUUACAGAUGAUGUGAAGGAGAGCAAUAGGUGCUUUCUUGUGAAGGUGAAAAAAAAAAAAAAAACACAGAAAAAGGGACUUCAUGUGCCACACAUUUAAAAUACGUUUAUUGGAACAAACUCAAUCUAUAGAUUUAUGGCCACUUUACUGCUAUUGAAAAUAAACUGUAGUCCCACAAAAUGGGGUUAUCAGUGCAUCUCAUUAUAACAGAUUUGUGUAUGACUGACAGGAUUUCUUCUUGAAGUACUGGGAUUCUUAUUUGAAUUCAGCCUUUAACAGAAAAAAAUUCUGAUAAGAUGGUUGUAAAUCCCCAGUGAAAUAAACUUAGUGUCUCUGUAGGCUUUUUAAUCAGGUUAAUGUCUUUUCUUUUCUGCUCAGUUUUGUCCCUAUAUGCCCCCAAACCUUUCAGAGUAAUUCUGACAUGGAUUAGGACCACUCAAGCCAGUCGUCCCCCAUUACUAUUGCAAAUGGUUUUGAUUUGGGGGCAGUAAAUCUGGAUGGCGUGGAUCAGAUGUUCUUAGCAUGAAUGAAGUGAUAACCUUGUGAGUGGUGUCAGGACUCAGGAUCCAGUGACUUCACUGGUGAAAGCUCCAGUACAUAUAAGCAGCUGCAGAAUUCCCAGAAAGCCCCACACGUGGCAGAGAAGGGAAUUUUCUGGGGUUUGGCAAUUCCUGUGUUUUAAAGCUCGUGUUGAUGUCGCUGUCUUGCCAAGCAUCCAGAAUCAGGCACAUUUCUGUGUGAGUGCUGAAAUGGAGGCUGACUAAUUCUUAACGCCCAGUGACAGAGGCAUGCUUCUACUUUCAGAGCACAUUCUGCCUUUCACAGACCAAAGACACAUACUCUUGGUCCAAGCCACACUUUUCCACGCAAAGCUUGUGCCUGGGUAGCAGUGUCCUGAGGAAUCUCAUGCUACUUCUCUCACACCUACAGUGAUUUCUCUGCUGGCACCACAGCUUGCUCUUCUCUCUCCCUGAUCUGGCUCAACCCUUGGUGUCUGUGGCCAUAAUUCUCAUCCUCCAUAUUGACAUAAAGCAGGAUUAGAUCAGCUAAGUCAUGCUGAUGUAAAACACACAAGAGGAAGAGGCCCAGUGUAUUUUGCUGGCUCCCUUGUGCUAUUCUGCACACAUGAAAAUGUUCGUAUAUGGCAAAUCUCUAAUGUUCCCCUCAUAUAAAAUAACAGUUUGGAAGAUGGCUUGUUUAAAGAUAAGCAUACAUAUACUGGAUUAAUAAAUGCUACUAAGCUUUGACUUGGGAACUGGGGCCUUCUUAUCCAAACUGUUCAUCUACAAAGCAAAUCCAGG